GCCCCCAAAAUUUUAUUUUAUGGGGCCCUGUGAUUUCUAAUGGUGGCCCUGUUGAAGAGUAUGGGGGUGUAUCACUUUAUAGUAAUAAGGGUGGAACGUCAAACUGGCCCUUAUCUGUUACUAAACUUUAAUUCCCAGAAUCCUUUGGCACCUCAAGUUAAAUAUGCAAUUCAUAGAGCCUUCUUCACUGAGGCGGUUAAACACAGAGUCCAAGCCUGGUCAGGUCUUUUAGUAGGCGUUUGGGGCUCCAGUCCGACAUUCAGUCUUUCUGUCACUUUGCUAACACUUGCUGUCUUACUGCCUUUUUAGGACAUUACCAGUUUCUAACCUGACUCGGGACAUUGGCCAGAAGUGAACCGGAGGUAGAUCAACUGGGUCAGAGAGAAAAUAAUAUUUUAAAUGGGGACAAGGGUGAUUCUGGGGUUGCUGCCUCCUGAGGUCAUCCCCACCACUCAGUGCUUAAAAUCAGCGUAGGAGCGGGUCAAAGGGGGGGCAGCAUUGCUAGUACAAUGAGUGCAAUGGCUCUUUGCACUAGCAGAGCUGAAUUCUGGGUUAAAAUUCCCAUUUGCCGGUGUAAAUUUUCUGCAACCAGUGGUCUAAUACCUCUGCCCCAUCUAGAGCAGAAUGUCCCCACCAAGAGAACACUGGGCCCAGCCAGCAUUUCUUAUGGCUCCAGCAGUAUUGGGCAUUGCAAAUUAUGCAAAUGUUUCUGCCUCAUGUGCAGUCAUAAGUAAAUACUGUAAGGAUAUGGAACAACACCUUAAAGGCAACAUGUUCAGGUCACUACCCAAAGCACACCUGCGUGGAUAGCACCAUGGCUAAGGGCCAAGGGGGUAUAGCUCAGUGGUAGAGCGUUUGACUGCAGGUCAAGAGGUCCCUGGUUCAAAUCCGGGUACCCCCUUCCCAUGCUUAAAGUAAAGGAAAACAUAGCCUAUUUUACAUAGUUUGGAGCUUUUGGGUGGAAUGCACGGCCAACUUGGAAUUUGUCUUUAGAUGCAUGAAGCAGAGAGCUCGCCAGGUGGAACCAAAGAAGAGCCAAGCAAUAUUCCAAUUCCAAACUGGGACAGCAGGAUGGGUGCCAAAAAUCUAGACUGUGAAAAGUGGAAAGUGAAUUUUCAGCGAAGAAGAAGAAGAAGAUGAAGAAGAAGAAGAAGGAGGAAGAAGAUCCUUCUUGGAAAAUGAAGAAGAAGAGGAGAUGUGAGAGUCCAGUGGAAGACCCAGCUGUGGGAAGAUUCGGAGAUGGAGGUAGAAAGCAGUAUCCUCUGAGAAGGAAAAGAUCUAGAAGUCCAGAGGAGAACCCAGCUGUGGUAAGAUACGGAGACGGACAUCGAAAGCAGUAUCCUCUAAGAAAGAAAAAAUCUAGAAGUCCGGAGGAGAACCCAGCUGUGGAAAGAUACAGAGAUGAGGAUAGAAAGCAGUAUCCUCUGAGAAGGAAAAGAUCUAGAAGUCCGGAGGAGAACCCAGCUGGAGGAAAAGAGAAGCAGGUUCGAGAGGACGCCAAAACAUCUGCAUACCUCGACAUCAACAAUUACAGCCUAUAUAAAGAGUUAGGCAAAGGCAGUUUUGGCAAGGUGGUGUUGGCAUCAUAUACCAUCAAGGACCAACUGACUGCUAUUAAGAUCAUUGAGAAGCAGCGGGAGGAUGACUUGAAAUAUGUCAGGAGAGAGGCAUCGGUUCUCCAGAUUGCUAGCAGGUGCCCAUUCCUAUGCCGGGCAAUGGCGACUUUCCAAACUCAGUCACUGAUCCUGCUAGCCCUGGAGUACGUCAGUGGCGGCACUCUGCAGAACAUCAUCAAGACCCGGGGCCAUCUGAACAGUGAGCAAAUCCUGUUCUAUGCUUCAGAAAUAGUGGUAGGCAUAAAGUUCCUGCACAAGAAUGGGAUCGUUCAUAGAGACCUCAAGCCGGAGAACAUAUUGGUGGAUGACCAGGGCCACAUAAAGAUCUGUGAUUUUGGCCUUGUCUGCACCCGUAUGUAUGGAGAGAAGACGCGGUGUGGCUAUUAUGGAACACCAGGCUACACAGCACCACAGGUUUUAUCAGAGGAGGAUUAUGACGCUGGAGCUGACUGGUGGUCAUUCGGCGUCAUCUUGUAUGAAAUGGCCACCGGUAAAUUACCGUUCUCGCCGAAGGGAACCCUGGAACAACAGGCAGAAACCAUUAUCAACGGAGAGCCUGAGUAUCCAGAUUCCCUUUCUUCCACCCUGCGGGACCUCAUAGAGCAGCUCUUGAAGAAGGAGGCCGACCAACGCCUUGGGGUGAAUGGCAACAUCCGGCAUCACCCUUUCUUUUCCACUCUCAAAUGGAAGAGAGUGAAGAAGAGAAAACUGGAAUCUCCCAUAAUACCUAAACCAGCCAAGGGACUCAUCAAAAAAGACAUCUCGUUCCCGAAAGAGAACCCGAGUGAGACCCGCAUGCUCAAGAGGUUCAAUUACGUGGACCCGAGCUGGCUGGAAUAAUGCGUC